ACGGACAUGCCUCCAGUAGCAGUUGGAUACCAUUUUCUCCCACUCCGAGGUCCGGAACUCCAAGAUAAUCCUCACCGUUAAUAUUCAAAAUGCACUGAUUCAACGGUAGAGAUUUCCUGGAGCAUCGAUCUCCGACACCUGGACAGCCGGCGUAGGGCGACGGUUGCUCCGCCUCACGAAUUCCGUGGCCAAUCCGCGGUGAGCUGUCGAGGCUGGUGGGGCCCACGGACGGAUCCCUUUCACUGGUUUCGCAAUCAAUGCAUCAAUCCUCUUCGAUUCCAUACAAAGCGAGCGAAGCAAUCUCCGAUUCCCUGGCUGAGGAGGAUAACGAUAUCAGAUCUCUGCGUUGACGACGACGACGGUUGCUUGCAGUUGUUGUUCCGCAUCACGAUGUCCAAGCAGACCUACCGCGUUUGCUUCUGCUUCCGGCGCCGGUUCCGCCUGGCGGCGGCGGAGGCGCCGGAGGACGUCAAGGAGAUGUUCAAAAAGUACUCCGAGAACGGCGUGAUGAGCGCGGAGAAGCUGCGGGAGUUCAUGGUGGAGGUGCAGCACGAGGAGAGCGCCACGGUGGAGGAGGCUCAGGCAGUUUUGGAUAGCUCCAAGCACAUUUUCCAUCGCCGGGGGUUCAGUCUCGAGGCUUUCUUCAAAUAUUUGUUCGGAGAUAAUAAUCCGCCACUCGAUCCUAAGCUUGGGGUUCACCAUGAUAUGAAUGCUCCUCUGUCACAUUACUUCAUAUUUACGGGUCAUAAUUCUUACCUGACGGGGAAUCAACUAAGUAGUGAUUGUAGCGAUGUUCCUAUUGUGGAAGCAUUGCAAAAAGGGGUAAGAGUGAUUGAAUUGGAUAUAUGGCCAAACUCCACAAACGAUGACAUUGAUGUUCUCCAUGGGAGGACUCUGACCACUCCUGUUUCACUCAUCAAGUGUUUGAAGUCGAUUAAGGAACAUGCAUUUGUUGCUUCAGAGUAUCCUGUUGUAAUAACACUUGAAGAUCAUCUUACUCGAGAUCUCCAGACUAAAGUUGCUGAGAUGAUCCAUCAAACAUUUGGAGAAGUCUUGUUUGCCCCUGAUUCAGGAAGUUUGAAAGAGUUUCCCUCCCCGGAAUCACUAAAAAGGAGAGUGAUUAUAUCAACAAAACCGCCCAAAGAAUACUUAACUGCCAAAGAUGCUGAAGUGAAGAAGAAUGAUUCUAAGAAAGAAAAGGAUUCCUCGGAGGAAGCAGCUUGGGGGAGUGAAAUCAAAAGCUUUAAAAACAGAAGUGAUGAUGAUCAGGGGGAUGAUUUAGAUGAGGAGGAUGAUGAAGACGAUGGAGACGAUCCAAAGGUAGAACUAAAUGCAGCACCAGAAUAUAAGCGCCUAAUUGCUAUUCAUGCUGGGAAGGGGAAAGGUGGAAUGGAGGAGUGGCUGAAAGUUGAUCCUAAUAAAGUGAGACGCCUCAGCUUGAGUGAGCAAGAACUUGAAAAGGCAAUUGUAGCUUAUGCAAAAAAUAUUGUCAGGUUCACACAAAGGAACAUCCUGAGGAUAUACCCAAAAGGAAUACGUUUCGACUCAUCCAAUUACAAUCCCCUAGUUGGAUGGGCACACGGGGCUCAAAUGGUUGCAUUCAAUAUGCAGGGUUAUGGCAGAUCACUUUGGCUGAUGCAAGGCAUGUUCAAGGCCAAUGGUAGUUGUGGAUACGUUAAAAAGCCGGAUAUUCUAUUGAAAGGUGAUGAUUCACUGAACGAUGUCUUCGACCCAAAUUUGCCCAUGCCCAUCAAAACUAGGCUGAAGGUAACCGUAUAUAUGGGUGAAGGGUGGUACAAUGACUUCAAACAUACACAUUUCGAUGCUUAUUCUCCGCCUGAUUUUUACGUCAGGGUUGGAAUUGCCGGAAUCCCUGCCGACACUGUCAUGAAGAAAACAAAGACUCUGGAGGACAACUGGAUACCGUGUUGGAACGAAGAGUUUGUGUUCCCAUUACAUGUCCCGGAACUUGCCCUGCUCCGGAUUGAAGUCCACGAGUAUGACAUGUCCGAGAAGGAUGACUUUGCCGGUCAGACAUGCCUGCCUGUAAUAGAGCUGAGAAAAGGUAUCCGAGCAGUCCCUCUUCACAGUCGCAAGGGGGUCAGAUAUGACACUGUCAAACUUCUCAUGGGGUUCGAGUUCAUGUGAGUGAUUUCCACUUCUGAGUUCGAGUUUCGAUCUUCUUCUCUGUUUGAUUGCCAAUAAUGUGUGUGUGUGUAUAUAUAUAUAUGUGUGUGUGUAUAUAAUGUACCUAUUUACGUACAGAUUGAGAUGGUGAGAGGGGUGGGGGUCUGUGUUGGAUGUGUUUUCUUCUCUUUAAGGAAAAUACCGUGUGAUGUGUUGUGUGUUUUUGCU